AUGGGGCCAGAGCCUUUCUCAGGCCCAGCGCCGCCUCCGGGACCGGCCUGGGGGACACCGGGGACCGGCCUCGGGGGGGACACCGGGGACCGGCCUCGGGGGACACCGGGGACCGGCCUCGGGGGGACACCGGGGACCGGCCUCGGGGGGGACACCGGGGACCGGCCUCGGGGGGGACACCGGGGACUGGCCUCCCGGACACCGGGGACCGGCCUGGGGGGACACCGGGGACCGGCCUGGGGGGACACCGGGGACCGGCCUCGGGGGACAGCGGCACCGGCCUGGGGGGGGACACCGGGGACCGGCCUGGGGGGACACCGGGGACCGGCCUGGGGGGACACCGGGGACCGGCCUCGGGGGACACCGGGGACCGGCCUCGGGGGGGACACCGGGGACCGGCCUCGGGGUCCCCGGGGGACACCGGGGACCGGCCUGGGGGGACACCGGGGACCGGCCUGGGGGGACACCGGGGACCGGCCUGGGGGGACACCGGGGACCGGCCUGGGGGGACAGCGGCACCGGCCUGGGGGGGACACCGGGGACCGGCCUGGGGGGGACACCGGGGACCGGCCUGGGGGACACCGGGGACCGGCCUGGGGGGACAGCGGCACCGGCCUGGGGGGGACACCGGGGACCGGCCUGGGGGGACACCGGGGACCGGCCUGGGGGGGGACACCGGGGACCGGCCUGGGGGGACACCGGGGACCGGCCUGGGGGGGACACCGGGGACCGGCCUGGGGGGACACCGGGGACCGGCCUCGGGGGACACCGGGGACCGGCCUGGGGGGACACCGGGGACCGGCCUGGGGGGACAGCGGCACCGGCCUGGGGGGACACCGGGGACCGGCCUGGGGGGGACACCGGGGACCGGCCUGGGGGGACACCGGGGACCGGCCUGGGGGGACACCGGGGACCGGCCUGGGGGGACAGCGGCACCGGCCUGGGGGGACACCGGGGACCGGCCUGGGGGGACACCGGGGACCGGCCUGGGGGGACAGCGGGGACCGGCCUGGGGGGACAGCGGGGACCGGCCUCGGGGGACACCGGGGACCGGCCUCGGGGGACACCGGGGACCGGCCUGGGGGGACACCGGGGACCGGCCUGGGGGGACACCGGGGACCGGCCUGGGGGGACACCGGGGACCGGCCUGGGGGGACAGCGGCACCGGCUCCCCGCGGGGCCCGCCCUCCGCCCCAGACCAGCCAGCGCGGAGCCUCCCGCUUCCUCCCCGGGACCGGCGCCACCCUGCCCCGGGCCCCGUACGCGCCUCCGCGGGCCUCCGCGACAGAGACCUACCCCGCACGCUGA